CAAUUUUUAAAUUCUUUCAUAACCCCAUUGAGUGUUUUUUAACUAAAUUAACAUGGCUUGAAUGAACCGCCCCGCUCCUGUGGAAGUCACCUUCAAGAAUAUAAGAUUUCUUACUACACACAAUCCAACCAAUGCGACCUUAAAUUUAUAUGUUCUUGAUUGGCCUUUGGAUGAUGGUGCACCACCAUCCAACCAGAUUGUUGAUGACUGGUUAAGUCUUGUAAAAAUUAAGUUUCAUGAAGAACCUGGUUGUUGUAUUGCUGUUCAUUGUGUUGCAGGCCUUGGGAGGGCUCCGGUACUUGUUGCCCUAGCAUUAAUUGAAGGUGGAAUGAAAUAUGAAGACACAAUACCGUUCGUAAGACAAAAGCAGCAUGGAGCUUUUAACAGCAAGCAGUUUUUAUAUUUGGAGAAGUAUCGUCCUAAAAUGUGGCUGUGCUUCAAAGACUCCAAUGAUCAUAGAAACAACUGUUGUAUUCAAUAA